UAUUAUUAUGUGAUCAAGAUAAACAUAAACCUCCAUCAUUAAUAACACAAACACAAAAAUCUUCUUCAACUAUACAACUUACAACUAUCGAACAAUAUUCACCGAUUGAUAUUUUAUUUGAAAAUUCUCAAUCAAUUGAUAUACUUCUACAAUCAUUAUCAUUAUCGAAAUCAACACAAUUAUCAAUUGUAGAAAUUCUAUGUUGUUUAUGUGUUAAUAAUGAACGACAACAACAAUUAUUUGAUAAAAAUUGUAUACCAACUAUCAUGCAUCUACUUGUACAAAAUAUCUAUGAUAAACAACAAAAUAAUAAUAAUAAAAUUACUUCUGUCAGUCUUACUAAUGAAUAUAUUAUUGGUGUUUGUUUAAAAUUUUUCUGUUCCUUAUGUUACGAAAAUCCUUUCAUUGCUCAGCAUUUACAUAGUAUAACAUAUACUGAAACAAAUCAAACAUUAUGUGAAAUAGUAUCAAGUUUAUUAACUAAAAUCAAUCGACCGGUUGUUAUAUCAUAUUAUGCGUCAAAAUUUUUUGUUAAUCUUUGUAAAACAAAGGUGCUAUUAGCUGAUGAUUCAUUUGUUGCUCUUGAUUCUUUAACAACAUUAAUACAUUUAUGUACAAAAUCAAUUACAAAUAAAUGUAUUUAUUUGUAUAUUGAAUGUCUUGAUACACUUAUUUAUUUACUUAAUGGAAAUAGUACAUUACAUCAUAUAGCUAUGUAUACAGAACAAUUAUUAAGUAAAUUAUUUUUAUAUAUUUUUACACCAUCAAAAAUUCUUGAUGAACAUAUUGAUGAUUCCGUACUUGUACAAAUACGUUCAUCAGCUUUAACAUUACUUGCUGUUCUUUCAUCACAUCAUGAAGAUAUAAAAAAACGUAUUGCUGAACAAGAAAGUAUGUUAUUUAUAUUUUUAUUAAUAGAUUAG